AUGAUGAAGCGAAAGUUCUCAUUCAACUUGGCACCUGUCAAGGUUGCCUCCAAGGCUGAGCUGAAGGAAAAGCCGACGCCUGAACUGACGCCAACACAGUCUGCCACACACAAGAGACAUACUUCCAAGGAUAGCAUAUGCGACAAUUCACCUUUUAUCAACCGCCGUGUCCUCGAUGCGCAGACGGACCAAGAGCUCCGCUCAGCCUGUAAGCUCAUCUUACAAAACUUCAAGCCGUCCGAUCAUGGCAUGGAGAAUACGGACCCGAAGCUCGAUUUUGGCGGACUGGGACUGCGCAAGGAGAGCAAGCCGCAGCAAGAAAACAGAUCAAAGCCCGCCCAAGUCAAUGUCCGCAUGCCUACGGGUGCGCCCAUGGAUACUGCCACGACGUCGUUCCUGCCACGCAAACCCAGCACCAAGACGCGGACGCGAGCAAAAGCAGAUUUGGAGAUCAAAGCCAGGGCAUAUGGCGGCGAGCCACCUGCGCGCACCAAUAGCAGUCGCAAGCGCACCGACUUUGGCUGGCUCGACGAACGGGAUGCACAGAGGGAGGAAAAGCUCAAAGUCAACGGCAAGGCGUCCAUGGACAUGCCCCGACCAGCAAACUUCCGAAACGAUUCCGACGAGAGCAUCACGCUGCCCGUGGCAGUCGCAUCUAACUUUGCGAAUGCGACUGUGUCAUCCGGCAAGAACACAAAUCGGACUUCCCACCACUCCGAUCCUGCUGCAGCCGCAGAUGCACAAGCCACCGAGUGGAUGCGCCGGGAGCUAGACAAGAAGAAGCACCACCAGGACGCCUCCGACCGCCCAGGCCGACCCUCCCCUCUCAGCCGCACAGCAAGCAUCAAAAGCAGUGUCAAAGAAUACGUCUUCCCGGGUUCUCGAAGUCGCGCCCUGAGCCGUGCGCAGUCCAAGGAAUCCCUCCGUUCGGCUUCCACAAACGAAGGCCAGGGCGUCUCUCGCAAUGGCUCAAAUUCGGGCUGGCGUGGCUGGGUCCCUCGCCGGUCGAGCUCGAGGAGUAACAGCAGGCCAGGUACAUCAAAGGGAUCAACCACCGAUGAAGCCCAACCUAGAAAGUCCGAGUCCAACGGUCUCAACCUGAACAGAGAGUUGCCACCACUGCCAAGUCUCGACUCUUGGAAGGACCCCCAGCAGCCACAAGCAGAAAUGGUUGCGGCACAGAAAUCGCCAAAAUCACCAACUACUGGAACACACAUUGCAAGCGUUAUGCGAUCGCAUGAAGAGCAGUCCCCCCCUCCGCGUAAACAGAGACAUAAUGUGCCUGAUGCUCUGGUGUUGAAGUCCGACCACAGCUUCCCCGCCCACAACUCUUCACGUAAACAGGGCUCUCAGUCCAUUCCCCAAACAUCAAGAACGGUUCCGAACAGCCCAGCAAAUGCCCAUCAGAUAAUGACCAACUGGUCGUCCACUACCAACCUCGACCACCGCCUGGAGCUGGGUUCCAGCACCCACACUCGAGCGAAAAGUGGAAGCAGCCAAUCUGCUUCAAAUAGCAACAGGAGUACAGGUGGUGCCAUCUCCCAUUCGAGUUCAGAUCUACGGGCCCACAGAACGACUUCCACCGAGCCCAAAUCAUCAGGAAAGGAAGAGCAGAAGUCGAAAUUGAAGAAGAUUUUCAAAGGGUGGAUACAUAAGAAGGAGAAAAAGGAGGACUGGAUGCAUAAGAUGGAGAAGGAGGGUAUCAAGGAAGGUAUGCUCGUCCAAGACACUGGCCCAAGUGCGUCGCCAGUCGUCCGUUAUUAA